UUCAACUUUUGCUGCAUUGACCUAAAUAUUCAUUACCAAUGGCUUCCACCAUUGUUUAUGGGCUAUGCAUGGUGAUUUCAUGGGCCAUGGUGCUCAUGUCCACUAAUGCAGGUGACCCGGACAUUCUCUCAGACUUCAUCCUCCCUGCCAACAUCACUAAUCCAGACGGCAACUUCUUCACGUUUACAGGCAUGCGAGUUGUUGUAGGAUCCAGCCCGCCGCCCAAUUUCAAGGUGACAAAAGCUACUAAAGCCGAGUUCCCAGCUUUGGAUGGCCAAAGUGUGUCGUACGCUGUACUGCAAUUCCCUUCUGGUGGCGUGAACCCACCACACACCCACCCACGCUCCGCAGAGCUCCUGUUCCUGGUACAAGGCUCUUUGGAGGUAGGGGUGGUGGACACUACUGGCAAGCUUUAUGCUCAAACCCUUCUAACUGGAGACAUGUUUGUGUUCCCGAAAGGCUUGGUUCACUACCAGUAUAACUCCAAUGCUCAAUAUCCGGCCAUGGCUUUGUCGGCAUUUGGGAGUGCCAGUGCAGGAACGGUGUCCGUUCCGACUACUCUCUUCACCAGUGGGAUUAGUGACGAUGUCUUGGCCAAGUCUUUGAAGACUGAUGUUGCAACUAUCCAGAAACUUAAGGCUGGACUCGCCCCGCCUAAGCCUUGA